AUGGCUAAAAAUUCUAGAAACAAAGAUGAUUCUAUUUCGCUCAAAUAUACUACAUUUGGAUUAAAAUCUUCUAAAGAAGAUAUUUAUACAGAAGACGAAAUGAACGCUCCACUACUAUCAGAUAAUUCUCGUAAUGAAGGCAUUUUAGUUAUUGAUGAAUCAUCCGAUAAUGCUUACUUAGAAGAUGUUGAAAUUGCGAGAAUGCCACAUCAUGGUGGAUCGGUAUUCUCUAGUUUUUUAAAUAUGGCAAAUAGUAUUAUUGGAGCUGGUCUUCCAUAUUCUUUUCGUGAAGCCGGAAUAUGGUCAGGGAUUAUAUUAUUAAUUGGUCUUACAAUGGUAGUAGAUUGGACGAUUAGACUUUUAGUACUUAACGCAAAAUUAUCUGGAAGAAGUUCUUAUCAAGAUAUAAUGCAAUUUUGUUUUGGAAAAAGUGGAAUGGUAGCCAUAUCAUUAUUUCAAUUUGCUUUCGCUUUUGGAGCUCUUUAUCGUGACAUUUCAAAAUUGGCUAAAGCAAGUGGUUUGGCCUUGAUUUCUAUGGUUAUUAUUGUGGUUAGUGUCGUUAUAGAAGGUCCUCAAGUAGAUCAAUCACUCAGAGGUUCGGAGAAUGGAAAAUGGGCUUUUAUACAUGAUGAAGUUUUUCAGUCAAUUGGAGUUAUCAGUUUUGCAUUUGUUUGUCACCACAAUAGUUUACUUAUUUUUGAUGCAUUGCAUAAGCCAACUAUUGAUCGGUUUGCAACCGUUACACAUUUGUCAACCUUUGUAUCCUUGGUAUCAUGUAUGCUAAUGGCAUUAUGUGGAUAUUUAAUAUUCACUAAUAAAACAGAAGGAGAUAAUGUUAUUAUAAACAUAGCUCGCUUUUGUUUUGGAUUCAAUAUGUUUACUACAUUACCGUUAGAAUUAUUCGUGUGCAGAGAGGUGAUCAAUAACUAUUAUUUUCCUAAUGAACAAUUCAAUGUGUUACGACACGUAAUCAUAACUACCCUUCUUGUUGGAGGUGCUAUGAUCAUUUCUCUCUUAACAGACAAUCUUGGUACAGUACUUGAACUUACUGGUGGAUUUUCAGCAACUGCAUUAGCUUAUAUUCUACCUCCAGCAUGCUAUUUAAAACUAUCUUCAGGCAAAUUAUGGACUUUAAAUAAAUUACCUGCAAUAUUGUGUGUGAUAUUUGGUAUUUUGGUUAUGGUGUUGAGCACUAUGUUAAGUAUUGCAAAUAUUAUAGACGGAUGGAUAACACCAGACAAUUAA